CGUUGGCAUGAGGGUGGCCCUUUCUUUAAUCUCUCUCUCUCUCUGUGUCUGCUUGGGGCUAAGCUUUACCCUAAGCUUUACCCAAUGUGCAUGUGUCUGUGUGUGAGAGACUGUGUCAGGGACAGAAAAGUUAGGGAGACGAGUUUGUGAAUAUAGUUUGACAGCAUUAGAAUUGAACGACUUUAUUGCAGGUUCAUUUCAUCCAAUAUUGGGUUUAUGUUGGUAUUGCUUGAAUACUUAACUUUGACUGUAGAAGUUGGUGUGUUGGUCUUCUAAUUGCCUUGGAUUAUUUUGGCCACGAUUUUGACAGUUGACAGUUGGGCAUUUCCAAUGGGAGUCCAGUGCUUUGAUGAAGGUUGACUGACCGAAAGCUCAGCCAGAAUUAAACACAUUUGCAUCUGACUGGAAGUAUGCAGAGACAUUUUCCUGUUUCUCCUAUGGGAGUCCAGUGAAACCCUAAGCUAAAGUAUUGUCACUCAAUUGAAGAUCUUUUUCUGGUAUGCUGGGGUUAAGUCAUCUCAUAGCUGUCCAUCGCUCUACACUUUUGUGGUGUUGUCUCAGGGGAUGGUAGAUUUAAGGGGUCAUCCCUCAACCCCACUCCCAGCUAACUUCACUGCAACACAUGACGUUUGAAUAGCUGUGUUGGCUGGAUCAAGUCGUCUUUAGGGCCAGUUGCAGCUGAUUUGUGCUAAAGUCUUUAAAACAGGCACAAAAUGUGUGUCUUCACCGUGGACAACGAUGUGGAGUUACGGCAGCUUAGAGACGCAUGGAGCUGAAUUACAAUGUCCUUGUAUUGCUGUAAAGAUAUAUUCCCACCUAUUAGAUAGUUCUUACUAUUUUCUGAACAUUUGCUUGUACCUGAAAAGCAAUUCUACUUGCAUUCCGGCUAUGAAAACUUCCAUAUUGAUGUGUUGUCAUCAAAACAUUGUAGUUAUGGUGAAUGGCAAAUACCAUGGAAGCCAAGAACAUAUGUUCAUACAAUGUAGAUGAGAACAGUUUCCUCAGCUAAAUACAAAUAUGAGCAUUAACAUUUUUCAGGUACAUUUGCCUUUUUUUCCUCCCACAAUUCAGUGGAACAACAACCCUUCCAUGUUGGACAGUAGACGAUAUUCUCAGACAAGUUGCUUUAAGUCCUCCAAGUGGAACUACAGUGUGGGGUGAAUGCUGCAACCAAAGCUGGGAAAGAUUUACACCGUUGGAAGUAGCUGACCUGUGAAGCUAAAAUUAAGCUGCGGUUUAUUUGUAAUUUUACACAAUAAUGUGAAAUAUUUUGACCUGUCAACCAGAGUGACUCAGUGCUUUGACACUUUGGGCAAUCUCUCUAAUGAUCUUUCCAGUAUCACCCAAGUCAUGUGGCUUGUCUGAACACUGUACGAACAGUCACUUUUGACUGUACAACAAGACAGUUGUUUUGUAUGAGUUGUUGUAACUUUGUACCUCUCAGAGACUUGGACUUUGUAGGAUAUUGAACUUGGAGUGGACAUCACCAUACAGCUUAUGGAUGCUUAAUUUUGUCCCAAGGCUCCACAAGCUUUUAGUGGACCUGCACAAAGUAGCUGAGAUUACAAAGUGGGAGUGAGCGUUGUCAGAACCAGAUGCCACCAGUGGAAAAAGCAGAGCCUCUCCAACACAACAGCAUGUGACAUCAUGGCCACCAUGCCAUGCAGUUGAUGGGAAAUUAACAUAAAGCCAUGAUGAAUAUAAGGGGAUGCACCAGUUUGGUGGUCCCCACUCCUCUCAACAGAUGUGCUCCGAGUGGCUAUCUGUGCAGCCAGGUGUCAAUUUUCUGAAGUUUUGAUUGGCUGAACCAGAGGUCCCCCGGAGCGGCACAGGUAGCUGGGAUUUUGCUCCUCAGAUGGUUAGCGACCACAACUAAGAUAAAGCUGCUUGAAGUGGUAUGUUGUUAAGUAAUGUGUAGCGAUUAAAUAACUACCUUUACCAAGAGAAUCUCUUAGCCAGGCAUAACCCAGGUGCAGGGAAUGGUUGAGAUUCCAGAUUGAAAGAACUGUCCAGCUGGCUUUGACAGGUGACACUGUUCCCCUCAGAUACUAGGUUGGUUGGUUCCCAUAGGAACCCAAUGAGAAUACUAUGGUCAGGUGUGUGCGCACUACUUUCCAGUCUGACGUCUCCCAGGAAUAUGAAACAUGCUCAUUAAAUCCUGAAAGCUGUAUGUUUAAAAGCGCAUUAAAAUCACAUAAUGAAUCAAAACAUGGCAUUCUGCCUCUUGAACACUUAUCAAGCACAUUUGUCAGAAGGCUUGUUAAGGUUUCUGAUAGAACACUUGUUGUGCUGAAACGGUAUAGUCUCAUUCAUACACAGUAAAACCUCUGCACUUGGUAGUGUUGUAUACUGAGGCAAGGACGUUGUAAAACUCUAUUUAUUCAAACAAACCUCAUGGGCUCAAGGGCUUUGGUGCAGUUGAAUCAGGAGAUUCAUGUUUGGAUGUUGCCCCAUUGUGUUACACCUGAAUGUAGCUCAAUGAAGUUAUACGUUUGUCCUCAUCUGUCCAUACAAAUGAGAAAAGGAGAAAGCCGUGCUGCUUUUGCAUCCAGUCAAGUCCAAGUUGUUCCUGCAAUGUGCAAGAGAACAAACAAAAUGCCGAUGCUUCUCGGCACUACGCCUUCAUCAGGGAAACACGUGAACUAAAAGGGGUGUGUGGUGUGUUUGUGACCCUAGCUAGGAGCCCAGCCAGCCUGCAGACAUGUCGAAAAGCGACCCCCGGGACAUCGACGAGGAUGCCAUCCUCAAAGGGAUGAGUCCUGAGGAGAUAGAGGCGCUGGAGUGUGAGCUGCUGGAGAUGGACCCCGAGAAUGCCAUCCUGCCAGCCGGGUACCGCCAGCGUGACCAGACCAAGAAGACCCCAACGGGGGCGUUUGACCGUGACGCCCUGCUGGAUCACUUAGAGAAAACAGCUCUGGAGCACGAGGACAGAGACGACCUGGUGCCUUUUACUGGCGAGAAGAAAGGGAGAGCGUUUGUUCCUAAGGAGGGCCAUGGAAAGAUCCCCGACCAUGAGCAGAUCACCCUGGAGCCUGAGCUGGAGGAGGCUCUGAAGAAUGCCACAGACGCUGAGAUGUGUGACAUCGCAGCUAUUCUGGGAAUGUACACACUGAUGAGCAACAAGCAGUACUACGACGCCUUGGGCACCACUGGUACCAUCGCCAACACAGAGGGCAUCAACAGUGUAGUAAAACCAGAUGCAUUCAAGAUCUUCCCAGACGAGCCCCCCAACCCCACAAACGUGGAGGAGACCCUUCAGCUGAUCCAGAAAAACGACAGCAGCCUGUUUGAUGUCAACCUCAACAACAUCAAGGACAUUCCCAUCCCAACACUGAAAGAGAUCUUUGAGGCGAUGAAGGGCAACACUCACGUGGAGUUUCUGAGCAUUGCCGCUACCCGUAGCAACGACCCCGUGGCCUAUGCUGUUGCUGAGAUGCUCCAGGAGAACACCACUCUGCAGAGUCUUAACAUCGAGUCCAACUUCAUCACCUGCGAGGGCAUGAAUGCCAUCGUCAAGGCCAUGGCCAACAACACCACACUGACCGAGAUCAAGAUUGACAACCAGAGACAGAAACUGGGGGACUCCUGUGAGAUGGAGAUUGCCACCAUGUUGGAGAACAACUCCAGCAUCGUAAAGAUCGGCUACCACUUCACCCAGCAGGGGCCUCGGGCUAGAGCAGCCAUCGCCAUCACCAGGAACAACGACAUGAUUCGCCAACAGAGAGUAAGAUAAGACGAGAGUGGAGCAACAAGAUUGUGCUCUCAAGCCGUGAGCCUAUCAACUCAGCCCCUUGGACCUAACAACUCUAAAAACUGCCAUUGACAGCUUUGCGCUAGCUUUGUCAAUGGGGAGCAACAAACCUUUACAACCCCUCUGUGCCUCAUCACAAGUCCGGUGUUAAUGUCUAUUUCUGUGUCCAAGCAUUUCAUUUACCACAGCUUUUUGUAGACCAUCGAAUUCAUCAUAAAAUAAUACAUAGGUCACAUCGUUGUAAAGUGUCCUUUAUGCUUCUAGAGUACGCCAUGAUAAUACUCAGAAAAUGGAGGUGAUAAAACUCCUACAUGGUAGUGGUGCUAUAUCUAGGAAAAGAAAAUCUGUAAAUACUUUAAAUAAACGUUUAAAUAAUUAA